UAAAAUAAAGUUUGUGAGGAAUUAUAAUACCAGACUGGACAAAAUGUUGAAGGCUGCAGUGUUGAUCUGUUUAGUGGCGGUGGCUGUGGGCACUCCCUCCGUGGUGAGGAGUCGGGACGACAUCCAGGCUUUCAGGAGUUACUUGGAAGCCACCAAGUCCGAUGAUGGGAACUUCAUCGCCCGCAGCCAGGCGAAUCCCAUGGCGAAUCCUGAGGAGAACAGCGGCAAGUUCGAUGGUGACAUCAUUCUGGACGAGUUCAUCAUCGACGACAUGAUUAAGGAGUACGCUAUGGGCAGGAACGCUUACACUUGGCCCAACACUAAGUGGCCUAACGACACUGUCGUUUGGGAGUUCGGAGAGGGAGAGUUCGGACCCCUGCAGUCUGCCGCCAUUGAAGAGGGCAUCAGGGACAUCGAGGAACACACCUGCAUCAGGUUUCGCUACAGGGAGCCUCAGGAUACCGCUUUCGUCAGGCUGACCGGUCUAGCCAACGGUUGUUACGCCCACGUCGGCUACUGGGAAUCCCGUGGAGUCCACACCCUCAACUUGGCACGCAACACUCCCGGAGUGGGUUGCUUCCGUCACGCCACCAUUGUCCACGAAUGGAUGCACAUCCUCGGCUUCCUCCACAUGCAGUCCACCUACAACAGAGACGACUACGUCAGGAUUGUCGAGGAGAAUCUGCAAGCUGGCUCCGAACACAACUUCAACAUCUAUUCCGCCGAUCUGGUCGACAACCUCGAAGUUGGUUACGACUACGUGAGCUGUCUUCACUACGGACCUUUUGCCUUCACCAGCAACGGUCAGCCUACGAUCGUCGCCCUUCAGGAGCACGAGGGUGUGAUGGGCCAACGCGAGUACAUCACGGACAAGGAUUGGCUGCGCAUCAACAGACACUACAACUGCCCCGGCGCAUGGGACUGACCUGAUGAUGGAGUAGAAAUCGAUCAUUAAACUAUUUUAUCACCUAA